AAAUCUUAGAUAACUCAAAGUGCGUCUAUCCCCAGUUUUAAAAAUAACCAUUGGUGAUACGCCAACUGAUGAACUGUCUGUUGCACUUCUAUCUCAUUCUGAAACAAGAAUUCACUUGAAUGGAAGAAGUGUCAAAUUGUACCGAAGCUGUAACUUCGGUUUUUAUCAAACUACUACAUAACGAAACCAAAAAUGGACGUUUUGACGAUUUUUUCAAAGGCUUGGGACGCAUGUUCUACAUCAUUGACCCUUUGGACACCACUUUCAGAGACAAGGACCAAGUCCCGAAUUUUUAUAGAAAUGCUUGGCCCUACUUUCUCUUCUUCAUCAUAAUCGAAAAUCUCGUCCUUUAUCUGGAUAAAAAGCCAACAUUUCGUCUAAACGACGGUUUGACAAGUCUAUCACACGGCUUAGUGCAAGAAUGCGGAAGACUAAUAUUCCGGGGAGCUGAGAGCUACGCUUAUGUGUAUCUUUAUGAGAACUUCCGGAUUGUGGAAUUACGGUGGGAUCAAGCGAGUACAUGGUACUUGGCUGCCGUCGGAGUGGAUUUUUGCUAUUAUUGGGUCCAUCGAGCUUGUCAUGAGAUCCACAUCCUCUGGGCCCAACACCAGGUCCACCACAGUUCGGAGGAAUUCAACCUAGCUGUAGGCCUCCGUCAAAGCCUCAUCCAAGGCUGGUGCGGCUUUAUAUUUUAUUUGCCUCUGGCUUUCGCCAUCCCUCCGGCACAUUUCGUUACCCACCAGCAAUUCAAUUUGCUUUAUCAAUUCUGGAUACAUACCAAAACAGUUAGAACGUUGGGUCCGUUGGAAUUUUUUUUCAACACGCCGCAACAUCAUCGAGUGCAUCACGGUGCUAAUAUCUGGUGUCUGGAUAAAAACUACGGUGGAGUUUUAAUAAUUUGGGACCGCAUCUUUGGAACUUUUGCCGAAGAGAAGAAAAACGAAGAGAUUGUCUAUGGAUUGGUUUUCAAUCAGCCGUCUUUCAAUAUUUUACAUUUACAAACUUUUUACACAGCGUAUGUUUUUCAACGAUUCAAAGAGAUGAACUGUUGGCAACACAAGUUGGCUGCGAUUUUUUAUGGACCUAGUUGGCAGCCUGGGAGGCCAAGGUUGGGAGUGGAUGAGGAUAAAUUUAAAGUAGUUCCUCGACAGAAAUACGACGUGAAAUUACCCCUCUGGUGUAAUAUCUACCUCUUCGUCCAUUUCUGCAUCGUCGUUUACGGCUUUCAAGAAUUAGCUAGUCGACAUUUGGUCCUCAACCCCGUCACAGUCUUAGCGUUUGUUAUUUAUAUUAUUGCAUCAUUAACAUCAAUUGGACUGUUAUUUGACAAUGCCCCAUAUGCCUGCAUUAUGGAGCUUUUCCGGUGCAUGAUCCUCGUUACCGCCUUACAAAAACUAGAAUUCAAGGAUGUGGAUAAUGACGUAUUGUUAGGUUGUGAGGUAUUCUUCGUCCUGUCCGGACUUUUCUGGCUCUUACAGAGUGUCAAGGUUUUGCAAAUCAAGGAGAUUUAGUGACUGAAUUUUGUGAUAUUUGUUAAGUUUUUCAAGUAUUAUUUAUGAAAUAAAUGUUUCAAAUAAUGA